AUGAGCACUAAGCCAAAAAGCCACAAGGCCAUGGGAGACGGCGAGUGGAUGGCCAGGUUGAGGACUUUUGCCCGCUGUGGGGUUUGGCCUUCUGGAGAAGGCAACAGACCAGCCCCAAGGCAACGGAAGUGGUAUGACCUCUACCAGAAGAUUGAGAAAUGCCCCAUGCAGGCCCAUGGGCAGACCACCCUCUUUGGAGGCUCCAUGGCCUGCAAUUGUGGAUUCCACACUAAUAAGUCUGCCACUGCCACUCACUCUUCUGCUGCACCUCUUGCUGCUUCCGAUACGGCUCCUGAAGCGGCUGCUUCUGCCCAACCCUCAUUCCUGAGGCCUCCUCUAAAUUUGACUAUGUUCAAUAAGUCACGCUUUGGCGGGUCCAAGUCGACGAUGCUAAAACCCAACUUAGUGGAUCGGAGGACCCCCAGCCCCUCUCCUUCACCCUCUGCAUCCUCAUCUUCUCUUCCCAGCCCCUCUCCUCCUUCAUCCGUGAGGACUCAGGCUAUGUCCUCUGUGAGGACUGCCGCCACUCCUCUAUCCUCUGUGAGAAGCUCCACCACUUCUGUGUCUUCUGUGAAGACCACCAGUCCCUCUCCUCCAUCCUCUGAAGGAACAGCUAGGCCUUCUCCUCCCAGCACCUCUCCCGCUCCAUCCUUUGUGAUGACCCCCAGCCCAUCUCCAUCCUCUGAGGAGCCUGGAGGAGUCCAGCCAGCCACUGGGGCCCCAGCUUCUUUCUGGCUGCCAGGUGAAUGGCCCAAGACCAUCCCUGUGCAGGACCAGAGGUGGAUUGCCAGCACUAUUUUCCACGCUGGCAAGCUGCGGCCCGAUUUGAAGCUGUGGUAUGAGCCGCCUGUCCCAGCUCUCAUUUAUCACCAGACACCUACACCUGACCGUUUCUUCACCCAUCGGUUGAUGGUGUGGAUGCCCUACCACCUGUGGAAGGUGAAUGUUUUCUGUCCAGCUUGUGGCAAGAACCUGACAGGCUAUGGUGUCCACAAAAGAGCUCGGAAGGUUCUGGACAUCGACAGGUACUACGUGAUGGUGACAGAGACACUCAGGUGCACUGUGUGUUCUCUGAACUAUCUGUCCACUAGCCAGACUGUCCGGGACCAGCUUGACCUGCCGCACCAGAAAAUGUUCCGGCUGAUCCUGACCCGCAAGUAUGCCUGUGACAUCCGUGUCAUUAGGCUGCUUCGGGACCGGACACUGGGCAACAGCCCAGCUCGUUUGGUGCGGCAGUUAAAAGAGAACCAUGGGGAGGAAUGGCUAAAUCGGUUGGCACACUAUCUUGGGGAGUGUGCUGACGUUGUCGAUCGACCCAGCCUUUCUCCGGUGGUCUGCCAGGAGCCUCCAGAGCCAAUUGAGAUCCCCACCAGUCGUUGGCUGCUCUCAGUGUACGGCAGGGAUAUCCUCUCCAGAAUUGGACACAUAAAGGCCAGCAUCACAUCCAUCUAUGGCAAAAUCUUAAAGAUGGAUUCCACAAAAAAGAUCACAAAGAAGCUGGCUGGUCAUGGACGGGGGACAGCACUCUGGUUAACCUCAAUUGGAAAUGAGGUUGGCCAGAUAGUGACCAGUGUGCUGUCAGUGCAAGAAGGGCCGGGACUGGACAGGAUGGUGACCGGUGUAAUGGAGCGGUACCGCCAGGCUGCCAUUCCACCACCGGUGCUGCUUUAUGUGGACUGUGGCUGCUGUGUGAGUGAGGGAGCAACAAGCAAGCUGCAGACCAGGUUCGGCAAGUGGCCAGACCUUCAGAUACGUCUGGACAUCUGGCACUUCAUGAGGAGGAUGGCCGUGGGCUGCACCACCGAUGCCCAUCCCCUCUACCCCACCUUCAUGGGAUGCCUGUCUGCCUGCAUCUUUGAGUGGGAUGCUGGAGACCUCAGCCUUUUGCGGCAGGCAAAGAAAAAACAGCUGAUGCAGGAGGGUGUGCCAGCUCUUACUGACAUCCUGGUGGACAGGAGCAUCAGUAAAAAAGAGCUAAGUCUUUACUGCCGUAGGAGGACACGAGGUGAGGAGGCCACCAUCCACCUCAUUGAGAGGCUGCUGCAGGAGCUGGGUGGUGCAAAUGGGAGGGACCUUAUGGGUGUCCCACUGCUGGAAGAGGUGCGCAUGGAGCACAUCUGGCGUGUGCAGAAACGCCAUGUCAAGUGCAUCCAGGAUGUGCCGGGUGUGCCUCUAUACACUGAGGUAGGCACCACCACAAAGGCAGGGGUCACCCUGACUAGAUAUCGGUGUGCCAGAGGGUCCACAUCCCUGGAGUCUUUUCACUGCCACCUAAACAGGUUCAUUCCAGGAACCAGUGCAAAUGCACUGAAUUUCCAGCUGUACCUGCUAGAAGGCUUGAAUAGGUGGAAUCAGGAUCGGGCGGCUGCAUCAGUGACCAGCAAACCAGCAUCCCUUCUCACCUACUCCGGGGAUAUGGCCCACUGUGUCAACACCAACAGCCUGAAGGUGUUUGGUCGGCCUUUUGUGCCAACUUUCAGGCCACCUGCUGAAUACACUGGAGAGCUGCUUGGUGUUGACUACCUGCUGAGUCAGACCGGACAGCCCCUGGCGGUGGACCCUGACUCAGAAGAGACAGAGAACAUGCUGGAGGAUGUGGAUGAAGGCGAGGAUGAAGAAGAUGAGGGCUUCGGGGAAGACCAUGACAUUACUGUGUCAAGUCUUACCGAUGACCCAAGCUUCUCUGUCUCCUCCCAUUUUCUGCCCUCCUCUGAGUCUCUCUCCUCCACCCAGCCUGCUGCCUCCUCCACCCUGGCUGCUGCCUCCACCCUGCCUGCUGCUUCCUCCACCCAGCCUGCUGCCUCCUCCACCCUGGCUGCUGCCUCCACCCUGCCUGCUGCUUCCUCCACACUGCCUGCUGCCUCCUCCACCCUGGCUGCUGCCUCCACCCUGCCUGCUGCUUCCUCCACACUGCCUGCUGCCUCCUCCACCCUGGCUGCUGCCUCCACCCUGCCUGCUGCUUCCUCCACCCAGCCUGCUGCCUCCUCCACCCUGGCUGCUGCUUCCUCCACCCAGCCUGCUGCCUCCUCCACCCUGGCUGCUGCCUCCUCCACCCAGCCUGCUGCCUCCUCCACACCAGGUGCAUCAGCAUCUCCUGAUGAGUCUGUGGCAUUGGAUAGUGUUGGUCUGCCAGGCAUGGACAGAGUCGACAGCCUGGCAGAGUAUCUGGUGGAGCUUAGGGACCAGCCCUCUCUGGUCCUCACCAACCAGCAGGUGAGCAAUAUAGUUGCUCUUUGGCAGAACCUGCUUGAUUUUGAUAGGCAAAGGGUGGUGUUUGCUGCCAGACACCAGAGCAGGCUGGACACAGGGAGGUUCAGGUCCCCCAAGAAGAGGCAGGAGUUCACUCCAGGGGUGGAAAGUAUGAAGAGGCACGCACUCACCACCACAGCACCACUUGCCCAGUGGCCAGAUUGUUGUCGCCUGAUAGAGACCAUUUUUGUGAAGCUCUGUGCCAUCCAUAAAAGUCCUAAAAAGAAGGGGACAAGCACCGUGUCCAGGUGGGUCCUCAUCUUGGAGGACUACAAGAAAAUCAGGCAGCGCAUUCUGGCCAAUGCUGCUGUUAUGCAGCAGACCACCCUGCAGCUGGUGGAUGUAAGUCACACAACACUGGUUCAGUGGCACAAUAAGAGAGUGAAAAGGCAGGACAGUGCAGUAUUAAUGCAAGGGCUGCAACUGCCUAGCCGCUUGUCUGUGGCGGCUGACCCUCUACUACCUGCCAAUGUGCGUCCCCCGUCUGCACCCCCCCAACCAGGCCAAGCUCACCAAUACCACCUGCCCAGUAGCACCGUGGGCCAGGCACAAACAAAGAGGAAGAGGAAAGUACCUCUAGCCCCAGUGGUUCUGUCACCACCAGCUGAGAGACCUCAAACCCAGCGGCAACUCUUUCCUGCUCCACCCCCAGGUGCUCAACUGGUGUGGCUGACGCCAAUGGCCUCACAGGGAUUUACAGGGCCAUUCCUAGUUGCUGCUCCACAGGCUCAUAUGACCAGCCUCUCUUCUGCCCCUCCUGCUGCCCCAGUACGAAAGCUGACACGCAAAGUACAGCACAACACGUGCAAAAAAUGCGGGCAGUUCAGGACAGCGGAGACUGGGCAUAGCCAAUACAAGGGAAUUAUUUACUGCCCCUCUGUAGAGACUGUGCCAAAGGAGCAGUGGUUGGAGGAUAUAAAAAAAACUAAAUGA